AUGAAAUACAAGCCGAACCCGUGCUCGUUCUACUUACUGAACUUGGGCAUUGAUACCACUCUUGGUAUCCCAAUAUUGAUAUUCAUACUCCAUUUUCUCAACCGCUUGGCGAAAUACACCCCUCUUGCAAAUCCACCACAGUCCAUUGAAUCAGGAAACUACGGCGAUCCACCACGCGUCGGCUGGUGGUUUAAGCAAUCCAUGAUAUACUUUAUGGGUCUCCUAGGAAUGAAGAUAUGCGUCUUCUUUCUCAUUCAGAUGAUACCGCUUAUCGUCAAAGUGGGCGACUGGGCAUUGCGAUGGACGGAAGGCAACACCGCCAUUCAAAUUAUUUUCGUGAUGCUGCUCUUCCCUGUCAUCAUGAACGCUAUUCAAUACUAUAUCAUUGAUAUCUUUAUCAAAAAACCGCUCUCCGCAUCUCAGGACCCCGAUGACGCAAGUAUCGCAAGCGACAAUGAAGCUGACGACCGACAUGCACUACUGGCCGGCCUGGAAGACGACGAUUUUUUCGAGCAGGAUGGUACAAUACGAAGUGACGAAAGAACGCUGCAUAGCCCAGUACAGUUCAAAGAAGCUCUGGAUCAACUAGACGCCCCUGAGACAACCCGGGUGGGUUCCUUGGGAUCUGGAUCAACACCGAUUGCGAGUAGCCCACGCGAAAAUAAUACGAUGUCGUCCACGAGGACAAAUAUGCAGCCGAAGAAUACCUGA